AAGCGUCCGGCGGAGGCGGCGCUCUAAGAUGGCGGCGGCGGCCCGGCCCGGAGCCGGUGGCGGAGAAACGCUCGGAGAACGCGGGAUUUGCCUUUAAACCCUCACCGGGAGCUGCCAGGAGUCGGCUGCCAGGGAACCUCCAGCACCCACGGGGGGGGGGCAGAGGCAGGGUGAGUGCUCCAGGAUGUCGGAGAGAGGCAGCAGCAUGGAGGGGAAAACGGAUCUGGUGAACGGCAGCUUGUCCAGCAGCCCAGAGGAGAUGUCAGCUGAGGAAGGUCGGGAAACUUCCUCUGGGAUCGAGGUGGAGGCCUCUGACCUCAGCCUGAGCCUGACCGGGGACGAGGGGGGACCCAACCGCACCAGCACGGAGAGCAGAGACACGGACACGGAGAGCUCUGGGGAGGAGAAGGACUCUGACAGCAUGGAUGACACGGGGCACUACUCCAUCACCGAGGAGAGCCGGGCCCUGGAUCGCUCCGAGGAGGAAGAGGAGGAGGAGGAAGAGGAGGAAGAGCAGCAGCAGCAGCAGCAGCAGCGGUCGCACCGCCGCGCUCAACGCAAACGCCCCAACCAGGAGCAGGAUUCCUCUGAGGAUGAGCAGGCCCUGGAGGAGUGGGUGUCCUCGGAGACCUGGGCCCUGCCCCGACCCCGCUGGAAGGCUCUGCAGGCCCUGAGGGAACGGGAGUUGGGAUCCAGCACCCGCUUUGUCUACGAAGCCUGCGGGGCCCGGGUCUUCGUGCAGAGGUUCAGGCUGCAGCACGGGCUGGAGGGACACACGGGGUGUGUCAACACCCUGCACUUCAACCAGCGUGGCACCUGGCUGGCCAGUGGCAGUGACGACCUCAAGGUGGUGGUGUGGGACUGGGUGAGGAGGCAGCCAGUGCUGGAGUUCGAGAGUGGGCACAAGAGCAACGUCUUCCAGGCCAAGUUCCUGCCCAACAGUGGGGACUCCACGCUGGCCAUGUGUGCCCGGGACGGGCAGGUGCGGGUGGCCGAGCUCUCUGCCACCCAGUGCUGCAAGAACACCAAACGUGUGGCACAGCACAAAGGAGCCUCACACAAGCUGGCCCUAGAACCGGAUUCUCCAUGCACUUUCCUAUCGGCAGGUGAAGAUGCUGUUGUCUUCACCAUCGACCUGAGGGAGGAUCGCCCCGCCUCGAAACUGGUGGUGACAAAGGAGAAGGAGAAGAAGGUGGGGCUGUACACCAUCUAUGUGAACCCUGCCAACACUUACCAGUUUGCUGUGGGGGGCAGAGAUCAGUUUGUCAGGAUUUAUGACCAGCGGAAAAUCAACGAGAAUGAGAACAACGGCGUGCUGAAGAAGUUCUGUCCCCACCACUUGGUCAACAGCGAAUCCAAAGCCAACAUCACCUGCUUGGUCUACAGCCACGACGGCUCCGAGCUCCUGGCCAGCUACAACGACGAGGACAUUUAUCUCUUCAACUCCUCCCACAGCGAUGGGGCUGAGUACACCAGGAGGUACAAAGGACACCGCAACAACGCCACUGUCAAAGGUGUCAAUUUUUACGGCCCCAAAAGUGAAUUUGUGGUGAGCGGCAGCGACUGCGGCCACAUCUUCCUCUGGGAGAAAUCCUCCUGCCAGAUCGUGCAGUUCAUGGAGGGUGACAAGGGGGGAGUGGUGAACUGCCUGGAGCCCCAUCCCCACCUCCCUGUCCUGGCCACCAGUGGCCUCGACCACGACGUUAAAAUUUGGGCCCCCACAGCAGAGAAUCCCACCGAGCUGGCUGGCCUCAAGGAGGUGAUCAAGAAGAACAAACUGGAGCGGGAUGAGGACAGCCUCCACCACACCGACAUGUUUGACAGCCACAUGCUCUGGUUCCUCAUGCACCACCUGCGACAGAGACGCCACCACCGGCACCGGAGGGAUCCGGGAGCUCCGGAUGGGGACUCGGAUGAAUCCGCCAGCUCCUCCGACACCUCGGAUGAUGAAGAGGAGGGGCCAGACCGAGUGCAGUGUAUGCCCUCCUGAGACCCCCCCCCUCAUCAACCCACCCCCCCAAACCCCCAGGGGGGGGCUCCGGGCACGCCUCAUCCCUACUAACACUUUGAGCUUUGUAUUGACUUGUUAAGGACCCCCCCACCCCAUCUCCUUUCCCUCCUUCCUCAUCCUUGCAGCCCCCCCAGCUUGGUGCCAGGGGUUCCCCCCCCCCACCCACACACCCUGGAUCCACAGAGGAGUGUGUGUGUGUAUGGGGGGGGGGUGCUGGGGGAUUUUUGUACUAACAUGGGCCCCCCCCUCACCUCCCUUCUCCCACUCUUUCUUAAAGAGUGGGGGUUGGGAACCUGGCCCCCCCUGCCCUGCACCAGCUCAUCAGGGCUCCCCCUUUUUCCCUGGGGUGUCCAGGCCCUUCCUGGGGGGCUGCAACCCCUCCUUCCCACCC